AACAUGUUGAAUAAACACAGCAGAAAGAGUUUGAUUUACAGUUUUCCUUCACAUGACUUUCUACGCAUGCGUACUCAAUCGGUAGUAACUAGGAAUGUUCAAUAAUCUGGGAAGCGGCUCGCGCUCGACACCUCACAGCAAAACGAGAUCCGACUGUCGUGUGCUGUUCUUGACAGGAAGAAGCACGUCCAUCUGCACGAGCCACGUUCAGAAACUGAGGUAGCCAACCAGCCGUAAUGAACUUCUUCGGGUUCGGUCAGACUGCGGAGAUCGAUAUAGUUCUGAAUGACGCCGAGACGAGGAAGAAAGCAGAACACAACAGUGAAGACGGAAGGAAGGACAAAUAUUUCCUAUUCUACGACGGGGAGACAGUGUCGGGAAAAGUCAACGUCACGCUUAAGUACCCGGGGAAGAGGCUGGAGCACAAUGGCAUCAAAGUUGAGUUUGUCGGCCAGAUAGAGAUGUACUACGACAGAGGGAACCACCAUGAGUUUGUGUCUUUAGUGAAAGACUUGGCUCGGCCAGGAGAGCUGACGCAGUCUCAGACAUUUGACUUCGAGUUCACACAUGUGGAAAAACCGUACGAGUCAUACACUGGUCAGAACGUCAAGCUACGUUACUUCCUCAAGGUGACAAUAACCCGGAAGCUCAGCGACAUCACCAAGGAGCUGGACAUUGUGGUUCACACCCUGAGCACAUACCCUGACCUCAACUCCUCCAUCAAGAUGGAAGUGGGGAUCGAGGACUGUCUGCACAUAGAAUUUGAGUACAAUAAAUCCAAGUAUCACCUAAAAGAUGUGAUUGUUGGGAAGAUUUACUUCCUCCUGGUGAGGAUUAAGAUCAGGCAUAUGGAGAUCGACAUCAUCAGACGAGAGACCACCGGCACAGGAGCCAGCGUUUACAACGAGAAUGACACCAUAGCCAAGUACGAGAUUAUGGACGGAGCUCCGGUCAGAGGAGAAUCCAUUCCCAUCCGGCUGUUUCUGGCAAGCUACGAGUUGACGCCCACCAUGAAAGACGUCAACAAGAAGUUUUCAGUGCGAUACUUCCUCAACUUGGUUCUCAUAGACGAGGAGGACAGACGCUAUUUCAAACAACAGGAAAUCAUUUUGUGGAGGAAAGGUGACAUAGUGAAGAAGAGCAUGUCUCACCAGGCCAUCAUUGCUGCACAGCGCUUCGAGGGCUCCUCCAAUCCAGAGAGGUCCCACAGUCAGAGCGCUGAGGACGUCAAGAGCUAAACCCCAGCCAGUCGGACACUUCCACUUCCUGCUGUGUCUGAGUGAACACAGCUCAAAGGUGUCAGUCCGAGCAAGCGAGCAAGUUAGUUAGUUAAUUAAUCAAUUAAUUAAUUAAUUAAUUAAUCGGCGCCAGCAAGUUUCUGUCUUUCACUGUUCCACGUAAUCAGUCUGGAAGUGGUCUGUCUGCUUUAUCUCUGUGGCAUCUACGGCAGCAGUCGCUUAGAAGGACAUCUUCCAAAGGUGCACUUCAACCCGUCACUCACAGGUGCGCUUGGGAGAGCCUUGAAUGUUUAUACAUGGCUAGAAUAUUGCACUGUGAGGAAACUGUAGUCAUACAGUAGCUUUCUAAAGAGUGGCUAAACAAUAGCAUUUAUCACACAUCUGUGUGACACUUCACAGGAACCUAACAGUGUGAUAGGAACUCAUUAAUAUGAUUAUUUUGCUGCCAUCUUCUGCUCUUUUCUGCAAACUUUGCCUGUAUUUUGCAAACUUGGCUUGCUUCCAGAAUCCCAAACAGGAAGAAGCACACUUCAUUAACAUGACAAACAUUGAUUAUCAUUUGGAAGAUAUUUUCAUACAUUCCAAUGCUGUUGUGAACAUUAGGCAUGACUGUAAGGUACUUUUUUUGUUUUUAACCAACCUCUUACUUGUAAUACACAUUCAUCAAGCUGUUAUAAUGGAUUCUAUAACAAAUGGAGUUUUGGUAUGUUUAUAAUUUGGUUGGUACAGUCGCCAGUGACUUGUUUCGGAGUCCAGCUUUCUUGUUUUGCACUUUGACAUCCUUCUGUUUAGUUGUUUUCUGCUCUCUGUUCUGUUUGUGACAGAUGCAGUGGCAGGAGUUUAUGAGCACAAUUAAAAAUAUAACUUCUAAUUAUCAUAACUAGAGAUGCAUCAAUCAGAUGUUUUCUGGCCAUUAGUGGUUUUCUUUGACCUGCUGUUUUCUUAAGGAGUAUAACACAGACACAAGAGUUUUAAAGUCAAAUUGUCACGAACCUCCAUCUGAUUUUUAUUCAGCUAAAAGUAUGAAGUCCAGGCGGUUGAGUUCUUAGUUUUGAAGUGUUUCGUGAAUUGAAUUUGAGCAGAUUUUUUACGUCGACGCUCGUAAGCCAAUCAAUCAAGGGAAAAUUGUACUAUUCCGAACACGCGCCAAUAGAUUGGUGCAUCUCUAAUCAAUAACAUCUGGUCUCACUUCAAUCUAAUCACACAUAGACACUUGAUUAUGAUGCUUUUACUAUAACAUCAGCAGAAAAUGAAAGCUAAACAAGUAACAUUGGUGUCUCUUAUUUAGGACUUCUGUUUUCUUUCUGUUUUUAAUCUCACAAUGGACAGUUCACCAGCGGAACCUGAAGGUGAAAUUUGCCUUCGGCGUUGAUACGUGUGUGAUGACUUUGAAGUGACCUCUGCCUGUUGAUUGUUUGCAGGCUGAACUUUAGCCAGUUGUGUUUCUGUAUAGUUUAGUGCCAAUCAUCCAGAACACUCCCUGGGGUUCUCCUGUACCUUUCUUGAACUUGUUAAACUGCUUUGGAUCAUGGUUUUAAAUGUAAAAGAGAGGGGGGGGGACAGCUCUAUUUUAAUGAGCUCUUAGAUUCAAUAAAAAUUCCAAGAACUUUUUUCACUAA